UGCGGAAAACAUGGCGGAAAAUUUGAAAGAUUGCAGCGUGCCUUGUAAGGUGUCCUGGGAUGAGCUGGAAGCCCUGUGUCGUGGAGAGAGGCUUCACUGUAAACAGCUUGGGGUGAACAGAGCCAACAUCAAUGACUAUGAGGUAGAAUUCCUCUGUGACUACAAGAAAACUAAGGAGGAGGAGUUCUAUUUAGUAAAGUGGAGGGGCUUCCCAGAGUCGGAUAACACGUGGGAACCAAAGAGGAACCUCAAAUGCCCCAAACUGAUGAAGCAGUUCCACCUGGAUCUGGAUCAGGAGCUGAGGCGCCACAAGAGACGAUGCGCCCCUAAAAAGCUGGAUAAGGAAGUUGCCUCGUUCCUCAUCCAGAAAGCCAAACUCCGUCAGAGUCUGCAGCGCUGGGAAGCCCAUUUGAACCAGACUCGCAAUCACCCAGGUCGCAUUUUUGUUAUGAAUGAAGUUGACUUCGAGGGCCCACCCAAAAACUUCACCUACAUCAACAACUACCAAGUAGGACAGGGCAUUGUGUUGGAUGAAAUGGCUGUGGGUUGUGAGUGUAAGAACUGUUUAGAGGAGCCGGUGAAUGGCUGCUGCCCCGGGGCCUCCCUGCAUCGCAUGGCUUACAAUGACAGGGGGCAGGUCCGGAUCCGGCCAGGGAAGCCCAUAUAUGAGUGUAACUCCCAAUGCAGCUGUGGUCCCGAUUGUCCUAACAGAGUGGUGCAGAAGGGCAUCCAGUUCGACCUGUGCAUCUUUAAGACAGAGAAUGGCCGGGGAUGGGGCGUCCGCACACUGCAGCGUAUCAAGAAGAACACAUUCGUCAUGGAGUACGUGGGAGAAAUCAUCACAACAGAUGAAGCAGAGAGGAGGGGUCAUGUGUAUGACCGCCAAGGCUCUACGUAUCUAUUUGAUCUGGACUAUGUGGAGGACGUGUACACAGUGGAUGCAGCUCACCAAGGCAACAUCUCCCACUUUGUCAACCAUAGUUGCGACCCCAACCUGCAGGUAUUUAAUGUGUUCAUCGACAACAUUGAUGAGAGGCUCCCAAGAAUUGCUUUAUUUUCAACACGGGCUAUUCGAGCAGGAGAGGAACUCACCUUUGACUACAAGAUGCAAAUUGAUCCAGUCGACACAGAAAGCACCAAAAUGGACUCUAGUUUCAGUCUAGCAGGGCUCCCCAGCUCUCCGAGAAAGAGGAUUCGAGUAGAGUGUCGGUGUGGAUCGGACACGUGUCGAAAAUACCUGUUCUGAUAAGGCCUGUUCUCAUAAGGGACUGCUGGGAACUCAACACCUUCAUCUGUGUAAAGAUGUGGGAAAUUGUACAGAUUUGUAAAUGAAUUUUUAUUUUAUUUUUUAUGAAAAAUGAAAUUCAGCAUCAUUUUUUUUAUAUGUGAACAUGACAGACAAAUCUGAUUUACUUCAACAGAAUGUAGAGCUUCUUGAUUUUCACUGAAUUGAAGACUACAUCAGGGGAUUAUGAGUACUUAAUUCCAAUAAUUUUAAAUAUUUCCUUCAGCUACUUUAAAUUGCAAGAUAGAUAAAAGUAGAUGAAUGAGCCUGUAUAUUAGCCCAGCAUUAUACUAACCAAGUUAAUGGGUGAGAUCUGGGAACACAGCCACAUCACUGAAACGUCUGAUGGGUCAAGAAACAUGAGCAGGUUGGAAACGAACCUCCACGCCAGCCAACAAAAUGUAGAUGUACAGUUGAGAUAUGAUCCCCCUGUCUGUUGUAAACAACCACCACAGUUUCUAGACCCACUUCCUUCCUCAACUUUGACCUGCUGCUGUGCACUUUGCAAUAAGGGGUUAUUAGCAACAUUUCACUCGAUUCUCAGUUUCAGUUUGAACUUGACAUAAAGUGCUGGAUAAACUGCCGGUUUGUUCCAACCUGUCCAGCUAUCUGACUGCUCAUGCUUCUUGACCUCUUGGGAUUCAUCUUACUGUUCCCAGACCUCAACUAUAAACUUGAUGAGUGCAGUGCCAUAACUGAAAGAAAUUAUAAAGGUACGAAAGUACGAAAAUUAGACCAAUGUUGUAAUAAACUGGAAUGAAAAUGCAGAACUCAUGGUUUUAAUGGAUCACUUCACCUCCUAACAUUGUUUUAGCAGCCAUAAGCAGCCUGUGUUGCUGUUUUGAAACUGCACUGUUUACAUCAGAGUUUCAGAAUGGUAACACUGAGCUCAAAGAACAUUUACAGUGUAAAUUUCAUGUCAGCAAUUGACUUUGUAUUUUGUUAGUUCUGUUUACUAAAGUGGUCAUACAGCUGUCACAAACUGUGGGCAAACAGUUACCAAGCAACCAUAGCUUAAGUGUCAGUGCUUGGACUUGCUCAUACAAAUUGAAAAGAAUUUGGUUCAUGGACUGCAGUUUGUUGGCACAAUUGUACCCUGCUGCCACCUCACAUCUCCCCAGUUCCUGCCAUCCUGCUUGUUGUCCAUUGUUGAGACUCAUGUAUUCUCCAGACUUAACUGUCCAAGAUCAAAUGUGAUUUUUUUGUGUGUGUUUUUUUCUCAAAAUUUAAAUUUUGUCUGCGGUUUCUUUUACCUUCCUUCUUAUCACUCGUGUUUCACCGUUCAGUUGAUUUAACAGUACAUGGUGGUUAAGGUGUCAGUAUGUUUCAAAGAACUGGUUCAUCCAAUGUGUUGUCCACCAAGUAUUACUAGCUAUUCUGAAUGUCCACAUUGGAUGGUUAAGUGACAAGCCUGCCCUCAUAUUCUCCUCCUGACUGCAUCGCACUGCCUCUCUGAUAUCUCUCCAUGAACUCUGGUUCCUUAGUACUUAUUUGGAAGUCUGCUCUGUUAUUGCCAUGUGUACAAUUCAUCUCAUCAAGACUACAGUCUCUCCUUGAAAACAUUUAGGUUUUGCACUCAAUUAAUCUUGUGUAAAUUGGCAGCAGGUUAUAAAGUGGAUGUGAUAGUUGAAAGUUAGUAACAUUGUUAAAGAAAGCCCACUUCACCACUUCCACUGCAGUCUGCCAUCAUGAAGGUGGUCUCAGGCACUUAUAUUGAAGCACACUGAGGACUUUUGCCUUUAACACAUCUGAUGUGUCAGAUGUGUGUCUGGCCCAAAAUCAACUACCAAUCAACACAUAGCAUGUCAUGCAGAUCUCUCCAACACGAGGCUUACUAUGCAAUGAACUUGAACCUGCAGAGGGAGUAACCCUCAGCUAAGCCAACUGCUGCUCUGUAUAUGUGCAUGUGUACACUCUACUUCCUUUCACCAACAGCAGCAGAGGUGAAGGAAGGUCACAACAAUACAGAAGACAACUGUUUGGAGUCUGGAUAUGUUUUACACCUCGACAUUACUUUAGUGUUUUAUGGGAAAGUGGGUACGAGAGACUCAGUAUCAGAACUCAGCAGGUGAAACAUGCACGGCCAACGUGUGUGUGUGUGUGUGUGUGUGUGUGUGUGUGUGUGUGUGUGUGUGUGUGUGUGUGUGUGUGUGUGUGUGUGUGUGUGUGUGUGUGUGUGUGUGUGUGUGUGUGUGUGUGUGUGUGAGAAAUUAUGAACUGACUGUUUAAUGGUGAAGUGAGGGAGACUGUAACUCCUUUUUCUAUUAAUGUUCCUUGUGACUGUUCAGUAUGUGUUUUAUUGUCAAAUAGCUUGUUUUACAGUUUGUGCAUAUUUAAACAUUUUAGUUGUUUGUAGGUGUAGAACAAAAGCAGUGUAAA